CCCGCCCGAGCCCCGGCCCCCGCCUCCCCUUCAGGAGGACUUGCCCGCUCCCAGGCCGGCCCCGCUCCCGGGACAGGGACCGGGCCGAGCGGAGCCGCUGCGCCAGUGCUGCCCCGCCAGCACGGGCGCCUAGCGGAUCGGAGCUGCGCGCGGAUCUACCUCGCCCCGCCCCGCUCCACCCGCAAGGACCAGCCCUGCACCAUGCCAGGCUGUCCCUCCGGCCCCUUCCCACUCCACUCAGCUUGCUGGCCAACUCCACCUGUGGCCCUGUCCCCUGCAACACCCCGUUCUCUUCUCUACAUCACUGUCUCAGCAGCUGUCCAAAUCGAGAAGAAAGAAAAUAUCCUCUCUCGGGAGCAGCUGGACUGAUCGACCAGCAAGGCCAGGUGGCCCGAGGCAGCCGGGAUGACACUUCUCCCCAGGAACCCUGCUAUCUGCUGAGAAACAUGACCAGCAAAUCCCCUCCUCUGUGCAUGUACCUUGCAGGCUGGAAGUUCCUGGCCAUGCUGGCUCUGGUCCUUGUCGCUGUCAUGGUGUGGUAUUCCAUCUCCCGAGAAGAUAGGUACGUUGAACUCUUUUAUUUUCCCAUCACAGAGAAGAAAGAGCCGUGCUCCCAGGGUGAGGCAGAGAGGCAGGCCUCUAAGAUUUUCGGCAACCAUUCUAGGGAAAAGCCCAUCUUCCUGCAGCUUAAGGAUUAUUUCUGGGUAAAGACACCAUCGGCCUAUGAGUUGCCCUUUGGGACCAAAGGGAGUGAAGACCUUCUUCUCCGGGUGUUGGCCAUCACUAGCUAUUCUGUCCCUGAGAGCAUACAGAGCCUCGAGUGUCGUCGCUGUGUUGUGGUGGGGAAUGGGCACCGGUUGCGGAACAGUUCACUGGGAAGUGUCAUCAACAAGUACGAUGUGGUCAUCAGAUUGAACAAUGCUCCUGUGGCUGGUUAUGAGGGAGACGUGGGCUCCAAGACCACCAUACGUCUCUUCUACCCUGAGUCGGCCCACUUCGACCCCAAAAUGGAAAACAACCCAGACACACUCUUGGUCCUGGUAGCUUUCAAGGCAAUGGACUUCCACUGGAUUGAGACCAUCUUGAGUGAUAAGAAGCGGGUGCGCAAAGGUUUCUGGAAGCAGCCUCCCCUCAUCUGGGAUGUCAACCCCAAACAGAUUCGGAUUCUCAACCCCUUCUUUAUGGAGAUUGCAGCAGACAAGCUCCUGGGCCUGCCCAUACAGCAGCCUCGAAAGAUCAAGCAGAAGCCAACCACAGGUCUGCUAGCCAUCACCUUGGCCCUACACCUCUGCGACUUAGUGCACAUCGCUGGCUUCGGCUACCCGGAUGCCUACAACAAGAAGCAGACCAUCCACUACUACGAACAGAUCACACUGAAGUCUAUGGCGGGGUCAGGGCACAAUGUCUCCCAAGAGGCUGUAGCCAUCAAGCGGAUGCUAGAGAUGGGAGCUGUCAAGAACCUCACGUACUUCUGACUUGGAUGAAAGCUGUAACACGCCAGUUCCCUACUUUGCCAUCUGAGUGGCCCCUGUCUCCGGCUUCAGGAUGCCUGGUGCCACUACAACUCACUUGAACUCACCCUCAGUGCGGAGGGUGUCCUGGGACUGGCCAGGUCUCAGGAGAGGCUGUAUCUCUGGCUCCUCUGGUGGAGCCCAGAUCCAGACAGGGUGAACACACUGAGGCUACAGGAGCCUGGCCAAGAGAGGGGGGACUUGCUGCUGUGGCAUCCCCUCUCUGCCAGCACAAAGGGGUUUUGAUUGUUCUGAGGGCUCCUUUUUUUAUUUUGUUUUUUGUUUGUUUGUUUGUUUGUUUGGGGUUUUGUUGUUGUUGCUUGUUUGUUUGUUUGUUCUUUUGUUUUGCUCUGUUUUUGAGACAGGGUCUGACUGUGUAGCCCUGGCUUAUCUGGAACUCACUAUGUAGACCAGGCUGGCCUUGAACUCACAGAGAUCCACCUGCCUCUGCCUCCCAAGUGUUGGGAUUAAAGGCGUGUACGAACACGCCUGGCCCCAGCAACAAGAGAUUAUUUAACAUGCUAUUUAAUUAAGGAGAAGAAAAAUGCAAUGGGCUGGUCCUGUGGCAUUCACAAAAGGGACACAAUACAGUGUUCUGCCCACUUUUUAAUAAAAUUUACAGAAAAUUGGCCUGUUAAGGCCCUGACCUAGAGCUGGCCUCCCGGGAGGAUGGAGGCAGUGAGUGGGAGGGUGUCCUCCAGAGAGGGGUUGCUACCUCCCAGCGGGCAUGGGAAGGGCAUUGACAAGGGGGCUCCAUCUAGAAGGGGCCUCACCUGAAAAAGAGAUUACAAAAGACCAAUAAAAUAUUUUUUUUUUCCUAAAAUGGAA